UACGGUUUUAAAAAAGUAACCAAAAUGAAAUCGUCGGUGGUCGUUGCAGUUUUGUUUUUAACGUUUUCCGCUCAUGGUUUAACUCCCGAGCAACAAGCUAAAGUAAAGGAACACUUUAAAGAUUGCAUCGCUACAACUGGUGCAAUUGCUGAAGACGUUCAUAAAAGUCGUGAAGGAAACUUUGUUGACGAUCCCAAAAUUGGAGCGUUCGUGUUUUGCUUCUUUAAAAAGGUUGGAUUUAUGAACGAAGCGGGCGAUUUCCAAUCUGAAGUUGUAAAAGCGAAGUUAUCACCUGAACUAAGCGCCGCUGACGUUGAAGCUGUCUUGGGUAAAUGUAGUUCAACUACUGGAAAAGAUAACCAUGAAAAAGCGUAUAACAUUUAUAAAUGUUAUUGGGGUGCUACUCCUAAUCAUGUUAAAUUAAUCUAAAAUGUUAUUAUUUUUAAAUGUUUUUGGGAAGAUAAUAAAUAAUAUUCAUUGUUAAAUA